GUUUCGGACGUUUGUUCUGGCAAUGCUUGAGUCCUUGACCUGAUUCGUUAGUAUCAAUGAUGAGAGUCGUUUUUAGCACGAUAUUGUUUUUGUGUGUAAGCCUUGAUAUUGCCGUGUGUAACUCAGAAGUGAAUGAUGAUUCAUCUGCAAGAACUACGCUACAACUGCGUGAUAGUGUGGAGUUUUCUUACUCGAUAUCAAAUUCCUUUUUGGAUCUUAUUCGUGGUCAGAAACCACCAACAGCCGUCUUUGAAACCUUUGUCAAUAUUCAAACUUCUCACCACUCAAGACUCGCAUAUAGAAGCAUUGAGCCCGUUGUAACGACAUACUUGGGAUAUGGCAUAUGUCUUGUUGUCGGUCUUCUAUUUGCUAUUUUUAUGCCCCUUGUUGGAAUCGUUUUCUUCUGUGCUCGGUGCUGUGGAAAAUGUGGUGGACGUGUGCAAUUUGUAGAUUCCAAACACGAUCCCUGCAAACGAGUUGUAUACACAGUGUGCCUAGUCUUAAUUGUGACUUUCCAAUUGGCUGCUGUUGUUUUGGCUUUCAUCAAUCACUACUUAUUUCAUGAAGCUUUGGUCAGCAGAGACCCGCGCAUAGGUACUUUUAGUCAAGCUAACCUUAGCCUUGUUGAGUUUGAAGAGGCUCUAAAAGAUAUGGUACAGAUGGCAAAGAAUACCUCCUCAACAGAUCUUAGUAAACAAAAAGAACGCUUCAUGCGAAUUGUAGAUGAUAGCCUUGUCAGUUUUCAAGAAGAUUUUACCAAACUGUCUCAAGCGAAUAAUGUAUCUGAUGCAAUUUCAGAAUUUCAAACAACUGCACGAGCUUUCCUCCCUGGAUCUGAGGCAAUCGCACAAAUCAGUUACUUCAACCAUUCACUUUACGAAGUGAUCUCUGAAUUACCUACCAUUCGUCAGGGUUUGACUGAUACAUUGAAUACAGGUUGUCCCAUUGAUAAGAUCAUUGAAUGUCGAGAAUUGAUGGGACUGGCCAACGAUCAGUUAAAAAUUCGUGUUUCACCAAGUAUGUUCAAACUAGACGAAGCGUUUUCCAUUUCUAAUCAAAUUCAACGGCAUCUUCCUGAUGUUGACUAUCUCAGUGAAUUUAAUGGAACUAUCAACAAUCUGGCCGCAAAUGUGAAGCGUUCCAUUAGUGGUGAUCUGGAUCGUGCCUGGAACGAUUUAGCUCACUCUCCAAAGACACGAGAGAAACUAGCUAGUGUAUUCGAACAUAUUAUGGUUAACAUAAGCACCACUUUAAAAUUUAUUCGUGAUCGAAUUUCAUUGGAGAUUAAUGAAGAAGUAAAUGAUCAUUAUUUACGAGCUGUCGAGUAUGUGUUAUAUGGCGGAGUGGCUCUGCUGUGCAUUCCCAUUUUAAUUUUCCUGAUAUUAUAUCUUGGACUAUGUUUUGGCACUUGUGGUGAUCGUCCAUAUGAAGAGGCCGGUUUGUGUAAUCGGGGUGUCGGCGCCAAUUUUUUACUUGCAGGUGUAGGAUUCAUGUUUCUUUUCUCAACUAUCUUGAUGGUCUCUUGCAUGGUACCUUUCCUUUUUGGCGGAACUUUGCAAACUGAAGUUUGUCGAUAUCUGACUGGUCGCUAUCCAGAUGGUCCUCAAAAAAUGGACCAAUACGUUUUUCAAAGUUUGAAAUCAAUUCUUCUUGCCGUUGAAGGGUCACUACCGAACUCGUCUAAAUCUGGGACAUUUCAUGUUGAUGAAGAUGAACUGGAGGCUAUCAGGUCAACGUUGGAUAUUAUUCAUUUUAAUCUGUCAGAUGCUAUUUUGACUCGAUGUGAAAACGAACCAUUCGUAGAAGCAAUCAGUACAGGAGAGUUCGUUUCCCCUAUACUUGCUGAUGCAAUUGACGGAAUUUUGCAGGAUCUCAUCGAGUCAUUUAAGAAAGUCGACAUAGAGUCUCCAUUUCGCCGUACUAUCGGGUCGUGUUUAGCAGCUUUUGAACGUCUCAAAUUUCUUUCUGCUGUUAAUUUCAAGGAAGCUAUCAACCAAGUCAAUACUCCACUAACUUUUAUUGAUAAUCUUGGUGAAUUUGUGUCAAGGUUGAAGGCUUUAAAUAUGGAAUCUUUAGCUCCACAUAUUCAAACUCUUGUGAAUGGACCUGUGAAAUUAGAUGCCACUCGUGAUAACAUUUACACCUUGUUUGUCCGAUUCAAUAGUUUACCGGAUCAAAUGAAUAUUGCAAUUAACAAUCUUAAUAGAUACAAUCAAACAUUAUCUACUUCCGUCCAGUCUUCUAUGAAUCGUGGAGUUAACAGAUUCCAUCUACUUUUAACUAAAGAAUUACAAUUGGCUGUUAUAGCCACUUGGCAUGAUAUCCCGUGUCAGUCACUUCGUUUAGCUGCCAAACGUGGAGUCGAUUCAGUUUGUUAUACAUUUUUAAUGCCAUUUAAUGCAUUUUGGACUGGAUUAGGAUUUACACUACUUCUUUUCAUUCCCGCUAUUAUUUUCGCUGUUAAACUGGCUGGUUUAUAUCGCAAAACAGAGAAAUAUAGUCACGAUUACGAAGAACCGUUGGCAGAAUCGUGAGUCAAUAUAAGCGUAUAGAUUUUCAUUUAAGUGUACAGAUUUCAAGUUAUUAAUUUUGAUUUGACGUAUACUUUAUCUACACGAGCUACCAGUGUAGGAUGUCAAUGAAUCUAUAUGAUACUUUAACAUUCUUUUCACAUUUUUAGCUACAUUUAUAUUAUAUAGGCUUGUUUCUAGUGUAAAUUUCACGCUAAUAACGUAGUUUUAUUGAUUAUUAUAUGAAUAAACAAACAGGGUGUUAUUAGUGGAGCAAUGUCUCAUUAGUUGAAGCGUUUGUUAUCUAGAUACUAAAUCCUAGGUUUGAAUCAUGUCCCAUCUAUUUUAAUUAGGCUAAAUAGCUUUUACAUUUGUAGUAUCGUUCUUAACUGAGUGCAUUAAUCUAUACCUGGUAAAGUAGCAUAGUUUGCACUAAAUUCUUGGAUUACAAUAGUUAAUAGGCACAAACUUCUUGUUCUCAGUAAACAGUCAUUAAAAAUGGGUUACCCUUGAUACUAAUCAUAUGAGUCUAAUCGAUGUCACAAGUCACCCUCCAUUGUAAUAUUUGCUUAUGGUGAACUCAUUUCUCUUUUUUCUCAUUUAAUUAAGGAGUAUACAAAGCAUUCCUAAGUGUUUUCUGCUUUCCUUGACAAAAGUUGAUGAUAAUUAUCAUCAUUUCAGCUCAUAUAUGUAAUAGUAUUUUAGAUUUAUUUUCUGUAAACAUUUUACUCAUUAAGCAUAGCUACUAGAUAAAUUUGUGGUAUUUCUCUAUCAACGCUCUUUUUGUUUAAUUUAUGUAUCAUAUGUACUAUAACAAGUGCAUUGUCUUUCAGUUAGGUUAGUCAUAUGUGUAGUUAUUGUACUAUGCACUUGUUUAACAUCAGUUUUCAUUAAACACGUGUCUAUUAAAAUUUGCAAGAUGAAAAUUAUACUGAUAAAUGUCCAAAUAUGUAUAUGUCUUCAACGUUUUAUUCUGUAAAUUCUUAAAACAAACAUUUUAUAGAUAAACAGUAAUUUAGAGAUAGAGAGAAAGCAAAUAAUAGUUAAAUUUUUAUUUAAUUGAAAUUCACUCCCAUUUUUAUUUCGCCAUCAUUGUUUCAAUAAAUUGUUUCUGUAAUUGCAAAUAUUUACCAUAAGCAUUACUCUCAUUGUCUUUUUAUCUAUUUAUUUACUUUCAGGGAUUACAUAUCAUAUCAUGGCUUCUAUAUGAGACCACCAACAGAUUAUCAGGACAAUUCACAGAAACCCCGAAACAAAUCUCGUAAACAUAAAGUAAAAAGUCAAUCCAAUGGAUCUAGCGCACGGAAUUCCCAUUCACGUUAUCAACAAUUAUCUGUUUAUCCAUAUGAUGCCUAUGAGUAGUAUAGUGUUGGUAAUCAUAAUAGUCGUUGUAGGUUCAUAAAUCAUAACAAUCCUUCAACUCCUUUACACAAUAAUUACUACGCAUACAGAAUAAAAUUGCUCUUGUUCCUUUUGUACACCUUUGGAAACAAAAAAAAAUUAAUAAAGAUUCAUUCCCCAUUAAUAUUAUGCACUAAUUAAUUGCUUUUGUGUUAAUCAUCAUAAUCACAUAUUAAUAUUUGGUCAUCAGUUUCUUUCCUCUUCCUCCCUCUUUUCCUGCUAUUCUCUCUGAUCCAUAAUUGUGAUUAGUAAAUAUCACCAAAAAAAAACGAUCUGUAUAUUAUAUUUCAUGUUAAUCUAUUCAAAUUCCAUUCUUCUUUUUAUUAAAACAAAAUAUAGUGUCCAUUUAUUGUUGAAUUUAUUUUCUCACAUAUGUUAACAAAACCAUUUAGUGUUGUCUUCAUUUUUAUCUGCGUUCAGGAAUUUUUAGCUUAGUGUUCUGUUGAUUUUUGAAUUCAUUUUUCCUACUUAUAUUGUCGCUGUUGUUAGCAUAUAUUUGAUAGAAUUCACAUACACAACAUAUUGAAUAAAGCCAUUAAUAAUAAUAAUAAUAAUAAGUGAUUAAUAGUAGAUGCAUGUUUGUACAUGUGUGUACUUGAUUUCCUUUUAUGUAUUUAUUAUUCAAUUUUCUUGUUUGUUUGUUUGUGUGUAUCGCUCAUAAUUUAACUUUAUACUGUUCUUCGUUUCGCUGUAUAAGUCUAUGUAUAUGUUUAUCAUCUGAAUUCCUCUUUUUGGCUUAUGUUUAUAUUCUUACUGUUGUCAAUUUUUUUUCUUUUUUCUACCUGCUUCACCUUUCUGAAAUUAUAAAUAAUUAAUUCUGCUGGGUUUUUUUUAUUUUUAACCAACAUAAGAAGUUAUCUUCUUUAUAUUUCCAUAUUGUUUGGAUUAAAAAGUCUUUAAAGUAAUACUAUUAGUUUUCAUUAAAUUUUUCUGUGUAAAUUUCUCUCUGUAUGUAAGUUUUUUUUCGGGAAGGUGUAGGAGUUUGUUAGUAGAAGAUUUCAUCAAAAAGAAGCAAACAAAUAAAUUUGAACUAACUUAUUUGUAAGGAAAGAAACAACACACAAACUCUGCACAUUGAAUGAUUUUCUUUUAAAGAUACCAUCAGAAUUUAUACAGAAUACAAUUGUUUAUUACAUUCUAUUUGGUAAUAGUUGUACAAGAUGAGGAAAGUUUUUUCUAAAAAUGAACUGAUUAAACAAUACUUCAUUGUUCCUCAUCUUGUCUUUUUUUUAAUUGAAGGGAAUUUUUUCAUGUUUCUCAUUUGUUUAAUACGUUUUAUCAUAACUAAAUUAAUAAAUUGAUU